CACAGGGCAGGGGCUGGCACAACUGGAAUUCCUGUCUUGCCUUUGGAAGAAUCCUGCCCUCGCAUCCAUCCUCAUGCUGACUUCCUACUUUCUUUUCUUUCAUCCUCACUGUUGUCUCAUUUCUUCCAGAGGCCCCAAGGACCAGAUCAGCCACCCAGACCAGAGCCACAGGAGCUAGGUCCCCUCAAUGGUGAUACAGCCACUACUGUCCAUCUCUGUGCAUCUGAGGAAGUUGAGCAGCACCAGAAGGCUAUAACCAGAAUUCUCCAGCAACACGAAGAGGACAGGAAGAAAUGGGCGCAGCAGGUGGAGAAGGAGAGGGAGCUAGAGCUUGGAGAAAAACUGGAUGAGCAGCGAAGAGUCCUGGAGGAAGAGCAUAAGGAGGCCCUGCGAGUCCUCCAGGCCUCCUAUGAGCAGGAGAAGGAAGCCCUUUCCCACUCCUUCCAGGAGGCGGAGGCAGCCCUGCAGAAGACCAUUGAUGGGCUGACCGCACAGCUGGAGGUCUUCCAGGCCAAGAUGAAGAGGGUAGAGGAGUCCAUCCUGAGCCGAGACUAUAAGAAGCACAUCCAGGAUUACGGGAGCCCCAGCCAGUUCUGGGAGCAGGAGCUGGAGAGCUUACACUUUGUCAUCGAGAUGAAGAACGAGCGAAUUCACGAGCUAGACAAGCGGCUGAUCGUCAUGGAAACAGUGAAGGAAAAAAACCUGCUGUUGGAGGAGAAAAUCACUGCCCUGCAGCAGGAGUAUGAGGACCUCCACGCCCGAGGCCGCAACCAGAUGGCUGUGUCCAGGCAGCUCUCAGAGGACCUGCUUCUCACCCGUGAGGCCUUGGAGAAGGAGACGCAGUUACGGCAGCAGCUCCAGCAGAAGAAGGAGGAGCUGCUGUACCGGGUCCUCGGGGCCGACACCUCCCCCGCCUUCCCCCUGGCCUCCGUCACCCCCACUGAGGUCUCCUUCCUCGCCACCUAGGGCCUGGGCUGCCCUGACACCUGUGUUACAGCUUUUCUCUCUCCAGGACUGGGCAGAGAAGACAGCAGGAGCCCCUCGUCCUUUUCCCAGAAGGGGACGAAGGCAGGAGUGAGAGGGGGAGCCAGGAUGUGUGCCCAGUGAGCCCUGGGGGCUUCGGCCACGUGGAAUCACCUCCAGGGCUUCCAAGGGCCCGAGCAGCACCAACCCUCGAGGUGGCCCAGGCGACGAGCAAGAGGAGUCCUUUUCUUGUGCCCCCUUCUCUCUGUCCAACUAAGAGAGUUCUGGGGCUUUCCCCAGGGGCAGCCCGUACCACAUGGGUCAUCUGACCAAGAGGAGACCACCCCCUGGUCCUCACGUGUCAGCUUCGCUGCCAGCUCAUCAGUGACCUGACUUCCCCCAGAUGCUCCCCACACCCCCACCCUGGCCUCCUCUCAGCCUCUAAAUUGGUUGGAGGAACUGCACAACUGGCCCUCAAGUCACUCGGUGUCCCAUUCUAGGAUUAUCUGAAGGUCAGAUAGGGGCUGGCAGACAGGGGCCAACCCUGUGAAUCAAACUGGGAAAGGUGAACACUGAGAGGGCUGCUGGUGCCAGGAAGCCAGCUCAGCCCUGGCCAGGGGGCUUGGCAGGGCAUCGGGCAUGCCACUGAUUCCCAGAGUCUGAUCAGUUGAGGGGUUAUGUCCGGGGCUGCUCCUCCUCCUGCACCUGGCACAGCUCACCCCUCAGCCCUCUGGUCCCUUAGUCUCAGUGCCAUCUGGAAACGGGGGCCACAUAGCAGGUCUGGGUACCCACAGCUGGAACCUCAUCCCUGUACAGACGAGGGAACUGAGGUGGGGAGUGGGACCCACAGAGCCAGGACUAGGACCUCAUCUGUCAUCCAGGUCGCACCUUACUGUGCUUGUUCGUCCUUCCCAGGCUCUGGGAGAGCAGAUCUGAGACUUCGUCUUUCUCCUCCUUCCUCUAUCUGGCCCCCCACCCCUUGCCAGUGUCUCACUCCUGCUCUCCGCUUAAUUCCUCCUACCGCCCCCUGACCCUGGGCCCCCAGUACCCGGCCCUCAGCCCCCAUCAGUGCGGAGGGGCGGCUGGAGUCGCUGAGCUCAGCAGGCCUGGCCAGUCCUGACUGACUGCGGACUCAAGUUUCUUCUCAGGAAGCUUUCCGUCAUCUGAAAACAGAAGGAAUCCCGCCCCUGUAUAAGCAUUUUAAUGAAAUGCUUUCACAUACACCUCCCUCCCUGGACCUGCAUAAGGUCCUUAAAGCAGGUUCUUAUCUGACUUUAGCAGAGAGCAAAUUGAGCUCGCAGGAGCCAGUGGGCCUUGCCUGAGGUCCCCCCCAUCAUGGAGGAAAAGUCCUCACUGGAACUGAGGCUUCCUCCAUCAUCUGAGACUGCCUUCCUGAGGCCCCCAGAUCUGGACUUCGUCCAUUUCUAGUUCUAGGAGCUCAGAGGUGGCGCUGCUUCUCCAGCCCUGGGCACAUGGGUUCUCCAGGAGCCUUGGGGACAGCUCUGGAGUGAAACACACAUACGUCAAGUUUUCUCAAAGCCUCUCUGUAGGAUAGGCUAGUUCAUUGGACGUUAAUGGGCACGACCAAGAAAAGAAUGGACGGUCAAGUAAUCUGGGAAACUAGGUUCCCUCAAGUUCAACAGAUCUGCCACCUGCAGGACUUCUCUGAACCGUAAAUAUGCUGAUGUGCACUGCAGAUUCCCAAGAAGGAAGCAAAGUGGCCAGCAUCUCCUCAACAUCUCGACCCAAGUUUCUACCCCAAUCUGAGCACUUCAGGCUGCAGAUGCACUUUAGAAAACACUUUUUAAAUCAGAGGGGCCGGGCUGGAGAAGGGACAGGUUGUGGGAAGGGGCGUUUCCUGCAUGUAGCCUGUGGGGCUGUGAGGAGAACUGUGGUCUCGCCCGCACCUGGGGCAAUCGAGCUAUGGGAACUGAAAAGAACGCAUUAUUCCACGUUUA